GAAAGGAAACCUCGCGAGGUUUGGGGCUAUAAGCCCGUGCGGCGUGGGGCGGGAAGCCCCUUUUGGCUUCUGGCUGCCCAAGAUGGCGCCCAAGGCGAAGAAGGAGGCCGUGCCGCCCAAGACGGAGGCGAAGGCCAAAGCGCUGAAGGCCAAGAAGGCCGUCCUGAAGGGAGUCCACAGCCACAAGAAGAAGAAGAUCCGCACGUCGCCCACCUUCAGGAGGCCCAAGACCCUGCGCCUGCGGCGGCAGCCCAAAUACCCCCGGAAGAGUGCCCCGAGGAGAAACAAGCUUGACCAUUAUGCCAUUAUCAAGUUCCCUUUGACCACAGAAUCGGCAAUGAAGAAGAUAGAGGAUAACAAUACUCUGGUUUUCAUCGUCGAUGUCAAGGCAAACAAGCACCAGAUCAAACAGGCAGUCAAGAAGCUGUAUGAUAUCGAUGUGGCCAAGGUCAACACCUUGAUAAGGCCUGAUGGGGAGAAGAAGGCUUAUGUCCGACUGGCUCCUGACUAUGAUGCCCUGGAUGUAGCCAACAAGAUUGGAAUCAUCUAAACUGCAUCUACCAAGGACUGUACAGACAGGAUAAUAAACCCUGUAAAACCAC